GUCAAAAUAAUAAGUAAAAUCUCGGUCUUUGAAAGCAGAGUUUACAGUAAACGGUGAACAUUCUUAUUUGAUCUAAACUACCGAAAGUCGAAAAUGUUGAUUAUUUGUUGGCCUGUAGUACCCCCAGAAUUUACAGGCCGCAAUAUUUAAUUUUACAUUAUGUAAGACCAACCUUUAAUCUCACCAUACAAAUAAUAUUACAUUCAUGGCAAGUCUAACUUUUGAAUUUUAGGGGUUUUAUUUCAACAAUUUUUCAGGAACUUGGAAAUCUCUAUUUUAGUCUGUCAUGAAUGAUGUCAUUUCUAUAUUUAGAAAACAUAUUUGAAAAAUUUGUAGAUAUAUUUUUACUUAAGACAUAUAAAGCUACUAUUGUGUGGAAGGAUUUAGUUUUACCAUUAUUUUUGUUUGAUGUAGAGAGCUUUCAAAAUCAGUAAAAAUCCACUAUUGAGAAACAGUAAAAAUCAUAAUUUUAGCCCUCAACUUGACCCCCCUGGAACUUUGCCAAAAUGCAGUUAGACUGAAAACAAGAUGCACUUUGAAGCAACCCUUAUAAAGGCAAUCUCAAAUACCAAGUUUGAGAGAAAUCUAUUUCUUGAUCCAAAGAGGUCAUGAGGUUCUUACAGAGACUGCCUCUUAAUUACCCCCUGCGAUAUCGAUUUAAAAAUAAUAAUGUUAACGAUUAGCUUAUAAGUAUUCUGAAUUUUUACACUAAAAUGUGUCACUAAUCAAUACUUAUCGUUGAUGGAAAUAUACUUAGGGGUCGUUCAGACUGGGUGCCCGGCACUAGUGCCCGGGCACCGGGCACGGUAAAACAGGAUGUUCAGACUGGUUCCCAAAGCCUAGUAUAAUAUUUGGCGGGAAAUAGUUUCUUUUGUGCGCGAAAAACCGUAAGGCAUAAAAAUGUGCAUGCAAUGUGUUUUUCUCUCACAAUUUUGUGUUUUUUUCUGGAUUCAUAUUCUUGUUAAAUUAUUAUUAUGGAUCUGAGAGGUCACCUGGUGUACAACAAGAAUGUUUAAAUCAACUGAUGAUGAUGUGCGUUGCACAUAACAACAAUAUAUUCAGGUUGAUUGCAAUGAGAAAUUCAUACGAAAGGACAGUAUGGUCAUUUUCAAGGAUACAGGGAAUUGUAGAGAAUGAAUACAGGCAUUUUAACGACAGAAAGUGGCUUGAAAGUUAUAGAGUUCCCAAGACAAUCUUCUCUCAACUUUGUACCUUUUUCAACAGUUUAUGUGGUAAAACCACGCAAAUGCGAAAACCUGUACCUGUACAAGUCAUCACUGCAAUGGUUUUAAAAAGACUAGGUAAAGGUUUAGACUAUCGAGAGAUUGGCGAUAAGUUCGGAGUUGGUGCAUCAACUGCCAAUGAAAAAGUAAACGAUGCUAUGCUAUUUCUUAUAAAAAAUAAACUACACACAAUCAGUCGACUUCAAGAGCGUAGGAAUUUGGCUGCAAUUAUUGGUGGCUUUCUAGAGAAAUGGAAUUUACCACAAUGUUUGGGUGCUAUUGAUGGCACACACAUUCCAAUUAAAGCACCAGAACAUUGUCAUACUGAUUAUUUUAAUAGAAAGUGCUUUCACUCAAUAAUAGUGCAAGCUGUGUGUGAUAGUGAGUGUCGUUUCACUGAUGUUUUUGCUGGAUGGCCAGGGAGGGCACAUGAUGCAAGAGUAUUCAAUGUAUCAAAAAUUGGUGGAAUGGUAACAAACGGAACGUUGGUACCAGAAGAACAAGAAUUGUCAAAAAUCAUUAAUGGGAAAGUAAUAGAACCAUUUCUUAUUGGUGACCCAGCCUAUCCCCUCUCUAAACACCUUAUGAAGGACUAUCCAGGUUCUAAUCUAUCACCUGAAAAAGAGUAUUUUAACUACAGAUUAAACAGGGCACGUAUCCAAAUUGAAAGAGCUUUCGGAAAACUAAAAGGCAGAUGGAGAUGCCUUUUUAAACAAUUAGAGUGCACUCUAGAAAAUGCUGCCCACCAUGUAAUUGCUUCAUGCAUAUUACACACAAUAUAUGUGAGGAGGGAGAUGCUGAAUAUUUGGAAGAAUGGGACAUUGUCACUGGUAAUGAGUUAGAGGGAAAUUUCCCAUUCCUGAAUCAAGACGAACAGACAAUAGCAGGACAAGAAGCAGAGGAAACACGGCGAUUACUCACUGAAUAUGUUUCACACAAUUAGCAACUGAUUUACAAAACAAACCUAACUUUGUCACCAUUACUGACAUGUAAUCAAAAACAAUACUACUACUUAAUAAAAACUGUUUUACAAUUUAAAACUGUUUUGAUAACAAUCAAUUGUAAUCAUGUCCUUAAAUAAAAAUAACAUUUCCAUGGUGUACAUGAAGGUAAAGAAACAUUAUCAUAACAACAACAUUGUACAUAUACUUGUUCAUAAAAUACUGUCUUUGAGAUUGUAUGCACUUACUUCAAUCUCAACAAAUUUAAGAUACUAUAACAAAAUAGUUAAUAUAAAAGUUUUUUACUAGUGGGUACAGUAAUUGCUAAUUUAGUUGUUAUUUUUUUCUGAACAUGAAACUGUAUCAUGUGAAGCUCCAAGUGUUUCACUAUGAUUUAUCCCAAAGAAUGCAGGUGGUUGAAAUGGUUGUUGUGAAUGUGGGAAAUACUGAUGAGGAUUAUUUUGAUGCAUUUGGGAUAUCCCAAUCAUGGUUUGAGAUAACAUACUGAACAUCUGACCAAAGAAUUCCCUGUCUUCCUUCCUUUCUUUCUCUCUCGCCUCUGGUGACACAAUGCUACUUGCAAUCAAAUUGGUUAUGUUUCCCAUCUGUUCAUUUGACUUUUCGAUUACAUCAGAAAGACGUGCUUUCUUGCUGCGAGAUGCUCUUACAAGUUUUUUCUCUCGUUUUUGUGGGUUACUAGCACUGUCAGAUUGCUCGUCUUCUGACAUAUCUAAUGCUGCAUCAACAUCACACUGCUCUACUUGCUGUGUUCCACUUUCAAACAACUGUUCUUCAGGAGGAUUAUUCACUGGUCGAGGACCUGUUAUUAAUUAUAAACAAAAGAACUUUUUUGGUCAUUGGUGCAUAAAAUGCUUUGUCUGUCGGAAAGAAAUUAAUUUAAUAUUUAGUGAUCAUCAAUGGAAACAUUGUCAAUGAAUUACGACAUGUGAAAACCAAGCUUUGUGCCAUUUCUGAGAAUUUGACUUUAAAAUGUUUACUCUGAAUUUGUGCUUUAUUAACUACUUUAAUUAAACGAUCUAUACAAACUGUGCCAAACUUUACACAAUACAUCACAAACUCUAGAUUGGUUGUGAAAUUUUCAAAUUUUACUGAACUUUCAAAUUGAUUGACCCAACCUUUUCUGGGAAGAAAUUAUUUCGCUAAAUUCAGAAUGAUAUUUCGUCAAAAAUUUUUUCUUCAAGAUUGGUUUAGAAACAAACUUGGAGUAGGGUUAGGUUAAGGUUAGGUCAAGGAUUUGGAUUAGGGUUUAUAUAGGGUUAGAGUUUGUGUUUGGAAUAGGGUUAGUGUUAGUAAAACCGUUGCUUUCUUACGUUUUGUCACUCUGAGGCCAGCGAAAUAACCUCUUUCCCUUUUCUGUCCUAAAGUUAUCAUGCAAACAUGUAGAAAAUGAGCAGCAUUUGGCAUUAAAUUUAUUUAAGUUUUAUUUGAACAAUUAUUCAUCAAUCCUAUCCAAUUGCUCCCAAACUUUUAAAGCAGUUUUUUCUACACUUGAUAGAGCACUCGAAAAGUACGGCCUCUCAGAUCCAGACUGUUUCAUACGAUCUUUUAACUUGCUGUAACCACUUCUCAAUUUCUUAAUUUUCGUUUCUAUUUGGGACGUUGUUCUGUCGAUAUUUGAGUGCUCUUUUAGUAUCCUGCUAAUUUCAUCGUAAACAACCUUGUUAGUUGCCAUUCCAUCGAUAGCUUCUUGAAUUAUUUGUUCUCCAUACGCAUCCAAUAAUGAUUUUGUUUCUGCUUCUGUCCAUCUGCUCCCUGAACCAGCCGCCAUGUUGUUCAUGUUGGGCACGGUGCCGUUGUUGAGUACUACCCCUGGAGGUAGUGCCCGUUUUCGGGCACCGUGCCCGAAUUCUUUUGCGAGUAUCGCGAUCACACUGGUGCUCAAACAAGUGCCGUACCCGGGCACUAGUGCCGGGCACUCAGUCUGAACGACCCCUAAGGUACAUAGCAUACAUCAGCAAAAAUAAAUAGUUUAUACCUUUAGUAGAAGCACUUGAAAUCCAGCUUUAAAAUCAACUGACAUUAACGGCGACGCGGCGGAGGAGGGAAAAGGAGACAAGGUUGGCGACAUCCAUUGGCCAAGCUGCACGUAUCAUCAUAAACAAACCCGUCUAACUCAACAAUACGGAAAGCUUAUAAAACAGCUGAUAAAACAGCUAUUUUGCUUUCCAACAAUGUAGUCCUUUCAAAAUUUGAAAGUUUCCCUUUGCAGAAAUUUCACUUAAAACCACGGCAUCCACACAAAAUUUACGAUGUGACUACGCGCAAGGUAAACAAGGUUCAUGAACGGUAAAUUUUAAAUUUAAAUCUCGCGCCUAAUUGGAUAAUCAAGUGACGUCUAGUAAAGUCAAUUACGCUUAUCCAAUUAGGCGCGAGAUUUAAAUUUAAAAUUUACCGUUCGUGAACCUUGUUUACCUUGCGCCUAGUCACAUCGUAAAUUUUGUGUGGAGGCAGUGGUUUGAAGUGAAAUUUCUGCAAAGGGAAACUUUCAAAUUUUGAAAGGACUACAUUGUUGGAAAGCAAAAUAGCUGUUUUAGCAGCUGUUGUAGAAUUUUCGGCUAAGCUUUCCGUAUUGUUGAGUUAGACGGGUUUGUUUAUGAUGAUACAUGCAGCUUGGCCAAUGGAUGUUGCCAACCUUGUCUCCUUUCCCCUCCUCCGCCGUGUCGCCGUUAAUGUCAGUUGAUUUUAAAGCUGGAUUUCAAGUGCUUCUACUAAAGGUAUAAACUAUUUAUUUUUGCUGAUGUAUGCUAUGUACCUAAGUAUAUUUCCAUCAACGAUAAGUAUUGAUUAGUGACACAUUUUAGUGUAAAUAUUCAGAAUACUUAUAAGCUAAUCGUUAACAUUAUUAUUUUGAAAUCGAUAUCGCAGGGGGUAAUUAAGUAUGCCAAGCAUUUAAAUUUAAAUCGCACAGUGUGUUUGGGCUACCUAUGCUUUAACAUUUGUUUCCACUUCUUGCUUAAAUGGGUGAUCAACCAUUAAAACUCUGUUAGUGCUAACCUCUACUGGCUUACUAUUGAUGGUACUGGUUGAUCUUUCAAAAGGUGAGUAGUACAUUUCACUGUUGCAAGUCAAAUUGCAUAAACACAUACUCUCACAUGAACACAAACACUUGCAGCUUUUAGCACACACAUCACAGCACAAAUGUGUAUCAAGCAAUGAUUGCUCAUUUUGGUCUGUACUUAAUACACUCCUAUUCAAGAACAGUUUCAUCAGUAAUGACCUCCUGCAAAUUUCAGUAUUAUUUAGGUAGUUCUUCAUUGCCUUUUCAAUAUUCUUACUUUUUGUACACCCUGAAUACUUAAGCAGUACAGCAUGACUCAUGAUUUCAUUACUUCGACCAACACGACCAUAUUCUUGAAUAUAAUCAUCAAUUGUACUGGAUGGUCGUAAAUGUAUUGCAAGAUAAGCGCCCUGUACAUCCACACCCAUACCAAAAGCUAUUGUACAAAAUACUACACAUACUGUACCAUCAACCUUGCUGAAUUCCCCUCAACAACAUUUUUAACUGAAUGGUGUGUUUUCCUGUGGUACAUUGCGAACAAUCUAGUUCGAUCAUCCUUUGGCUCUUGUCCAGUGGGCAAAACAUAACUUUCAGACCCAAGUGCUUCAUGAAAUACCUCAUAUAGGUCUCUUACGUGAGUUUUUUCAACAAAGUACCAAUACCUUUUGUGUAUUUUCCUUUUUCGUUUUCAGCUCAUCAAUAAGCCAAUGAAAUGAGUUUAACAGAUUAUCAGGGUUGACUGUUGCAACAGAGAACUUAAUGUUCUGCUUGUUUGGAAUUGUCGCUAGUUGAACACAAUCCUUCAUUGCCAACUCCUUCAUAAUUAAACUCCUCGUAGAUUGUGUUGCUGUUGCGGUCAGAACAAUAAAAGGUGUAUUCCUUUUCAAUAUUGAUCUUAAUUCAGCAAGACGCGAAUAGUCUUUUCGGAAUGCAUCCUCUAGUUCAGAUCCAUAACCCCUAAUUAGAUAUGUAAGGAUAAAAUUUUAGUUGCAAAAUUUACUAAAACAACUACUUUGUAAAGUUAAACUACACUUUUCUGAUGUUAUUAUGAGAUCAUUUAAGAUUAAAAUUAUCACCUCUUAAAUGCUGACUUCCUUUCAGUUAUUUUAUUUUAAUUAUGUAGUACAGAGUAUUGUGUCAUUUUCACUUUAUGCAAGCCAAGGCAAUAUUUUUCAUCUAAAUCUCCUUUUACUGUAAGUCUGUGUCACAAAAAAUAUAAUAGUUUUGUUUUGUGGGAAAAUGCAAUGUUGGCAAAGCUUGCGAUUUUGAAUCUUGAUGAGUCCAAUACUUAUCACUUAUUUACUGAGACUGAGAGAAACAGUGUGUUUUGUGGGCCCUGAGACCGCCAUUGUGGAGGGGUCACAAAACAUGCUGUUUUCCCGAGGUCUCAGUAAAUAAGUGUUCUCACACACCGCUGAGGGAUGCUGCACACUCAAGCCUGACCUUUAACAAAAAUAUCUCAUACUUACAAACAAGGAUCGCAACAAAUAUCAACCAGGCUCUUCCUGCCAAUAGGGUGGGUGGGUUGGACACAGGUCAGGCUACCACGAGGCAAGCAAAAAAGUGAUUCCAGUGACCUGGACUCCACCUUUGACCCUGUCCCCCAGCAGUGUGUGAGAAAACAUUUUCUGCCUCUUUCGUUCCUCAGCCGGCAGAAAAUAACACUUUGAUUAUAUAGCAAAUGUCAAAGUCUCAAUAAUUCACCUGGUAUUCAGAAUCUGUAAUAAAACUGUCCGGCAGACAUGCAGAAACUCCUGAAAGAACCUUGCUUUGAACUUGCUGGUUGAUGCGAGCCGCUCACACCUCACUUCCGGUUUUAUUAUUGACCGGUCAAUAAUUGUUCGAGAUUGGACCGGUUGCCUCCUUGCCAAAGCAUGCAGUGAACAUGACGUGUUGUGGACCGGCACGUGAUACGGUUUUCUCCAAUGGGCAAACAGGAAAAUUGAACUUUGACACUUGCUAUAUAAUAUCAUUUGCACUAAUGAACAUGCUAGUUGCUUAUCAUUAUGCUUGGCUAUAAAAAAUCUAGAAUAACCCACAAAUUUGGGUUAGGUUUAAUACUAGGGACUGCAGUGAUGUGGAUCAGGAAACAAAGUGCAGGCACUGCAGGGUAUUCUAUAAUUCAUAGAAAGCUUUGCUAAACAAAUUCCAGACCAAAUAAAGAUGUUGUCUUUCCACAAAACAAAACAAAUAUAUCGUAAUGUAAUCAGAAAGCUGGAGGGAAUUUGUGCAGUAGGCUGGAGAUAAGAUAUGAUUCACUAUUAAGAUAUCAGAUAUGGUUUACAGUAUAUGAAUGCACUGGGAAUUGUAAAUUGCUUGUAAAAAUACAAUAAUUAUUAUAAUCGACUAACCAUUUGAUAAUGCAAUGUCCUUCAUCGACAACAGUAGUUUAAAUAGUCACGAAAACAGUAGUUUAAAUAGUAUAAAUUUGUGCCGCCAUUUUGUUUAUUUAUGUACGUAGCCG